GGUCAUAAAUGAAAGGGGGUGGUCCAUCUCCAUCCUUGUAAGCUCAAGUGGGUUAGUGGAGAGACUGGUACAGAGUCUCCCUCUUAAUUUCUCCCAUUUUACCUCUAAAAAUCACCCAACGGAUCCCCACCACGUGUCUUGUCUCUUUUCUUUACAGUUCCAUGUCAAGAAGAACAACAACGGCAGGAUUCCUCAUGAAAAUUCCCAAAACUCACCAGUCCCAUUUUCAUAUUCCAAGAAGCUCCAAGAAUUUUCACCUGUUCUAAACUUUGUUUCUUUUCCUUCGGAACUGGAAUAGAAGGAAAAAUAUAGAUUUAGCUCGAAAUGGCCCUAGAUACCUCUGGUGCUGAUUCACCUAGGCGACGUUCUGGUCUCUUGCGAGAUCAGAUUCACCUUGUUAAAAAGAAGGAAAGUGAUCGCUAUGAGAUUGUGCCAAUCCAAGACUCACUGUCGUUUGAGAAGGGUUUCUUUAUAGUAAUUCGUGCGUGCCAGUUGUUAGCUCAAAAAAAUGAUGGGAUAACCUUUGUCGGAGUAGCAGGUCCUUCCGGAGCUGGGAAGACUGUUUUCACGGAGAAGGUGCUCAACUUUAUGCCCAGUGUUGCUGUCAUCACAAUGGACAACUACAAUGAUUCUAGUCGUAUCAUUGAUGGCAACUUUGAUGAUCCACGCCUGACUGAUUAUGACACGCUUCUUGAAAAUAUACAUGGCUUAAAAGCAGGGAAGCCUGUUCAGGUUCCAAUAUAUGAUUUCAAGUCUAGCUCUCGUACAGGUUACAGGACGGUUGAAGUACCUAGCUCCCAUAUCGUAAUAAUAGAGGGAAUAUAUGCUUUAAGUGAGAAACUGCGGCCAUUGCUAGAUCUUCGUGUGUCUAUCACUGGUGGAGUUCACUUUGACCUUGUCAAACGGGUUUUACGUGACAUUCAACGUGCAGGCCAAGAGCCUGAAGAAAUUAUCCACCAAAUCUCUGAAACGGUAUAUCCUAUGUACAAGGCAUUUAUUGAGCCAGAUCUCCAGACAGCACAUAUAAAGAUCAUCAACAAGUUUAAUCCCUUUACGGGUUUUCAAAAUCCUACUUAUAUUUUAAAGUCAACAAAGGCAGUGACUAUUGAUCGAAUUAAGGCCGUUAUUUCCGAAGAUCACAAAGAAUCUACGGAGGAAACUUAUGACAUUUAUCUUCUACCUCCGGGUGAAGAUCCUGAAGCAUGUCAAUCCUAUCUGAGGAUGAGGAACAGGGAUGGCAAAUACAAUCUUAUGUUUGAGGAGUGGGUUACGGAUACUCCGUUCAUCAUAUCACCUCGAAUAACCUUUGAAGUUAGUGUCCGCCUUCUUGGAGGGCUUAUGGCUUUAGGGUAUACGAUUGCAGCCAUCCUGAAAAGAAGCAGUCAUAUCUUGGCAGAUGAAAAAGUUUGUGUGAAAAUUGAUUGGUUGGAGCAACUUAAUCGUCAAUACAUUCAGGUGCAAGGAAAGGAUCGAUUAUACGUUAAAUAUAUAGCGGAGCAGCUGGAUUUAGAUGGGUCAUAUGUUCCCCGUACUUAUAUUGAACAGAUUCAGCUGGAGAAACUUGUAAAUGAUGUUAUGGCACUGCCAGAUGAUUUGAAGACAAAGCUUAGCAUUGAUGAUGAUCUAGUUUCAAGCCCUAAAGAAGCCCUUUCCCGAGCAUCAGCAGAUAGAAGACUGAAGUAUCUCAACCGAGGUAUACCACACUCAUAUUCAAAUCAAAGGGACAAGAGUAUUGCCAAACUUACAAGACUUGCUGUUAACAAUAGAAGGUUUGAUGGAAGAGCCCCAGAAUCGCCUGCUGCACUUGCAAACCAGGGAGUUAUUACUCAACUCUCUGAACAGAUUUCCACUCUGAAUGAAAGGAUGGAUGAAUUUACAUCUCGUAUUGAGGAGCUGAAUUCCAAGUUUUCUGUCAGAAAAGUUUCAGCAAGCCAACAAAAUUUGGCUUUGCAGGCUGAUGCCUGCAAUGGCUCUGGACCCACUUCUCAUUUUAUGAAUGGCUUAAGUAAUGGUUCAUUGACAGGAUCGUUGCUGCCCAAUUCUUCAUCUUCAUCCCAAUUGGCUAGGGAGUCCCUGCUGACGGAAGAGAUACUUUCUAUUUCACGGGGGCAACGCCAGAUCAUGCACCAAAUAGACAAUAUGAACAACCUUCUCCGGGAAUACUCGGGGGAGAGGCUUCGCCAAGGAAGAACAGAUGGGACAGGCAGAAAUAUUGAUAUUGAUUCUGUAGGCGUCCCACUCUUUCUAACUUUAGCGAUUGGUGGCUUGGGAGUUCUUUUGUUCAGGAGUCUGUCUUGGCAGAAAUAAGUUGGCUUCCUGGCGAGCAGCUUUCUUUCGCCCAAGGAAGAAUACUGCAUUGUCGUUUUGGUCGUGUUACUGUAACACAAAUAGAAGCAGGAGUGAGAGUUCAGAUUCAAUAUCUUGUAUAGUUCCUCUUAGUGAUGGGAGGCAGCUAUAACUUGAGAUUUGACCUAGGAUUUUCAGUGCUUAUAUUGUAAAUAGUUGCUUAAGUUCAAAAGCAGAUGCUUGCGUGAUGAUUUCCGUGUAUUAAUUGGAUAAGCUUUUAAAGCAAUAAAAGCAUAAUCCAGAAGUGUCUGCAAAUAAUAAUAAUAAUAAUAAUAAUAAUAAUAAUUAAGUGUUUUCUUUCUGUA